AUGCGUUUGAUUCAAGUCAAUGGAAAUACCAUCACAAUCGGUGACAUUGAAGAAAAUUGGUUGUUUUGGUUGCAACAUUAUGUGGCGAUCGCUGUCGUGGUUGCCAUAGGACUUGCCUUUGCCGUUUUAAUGCCAAUCGUGGCUUUGUUUUUCUGUUGCUGUCGUUGCGGAGGAAAAUGCGGAGCUCGUCCAAAACACGAAAAACACAAUGAUUCCUGUAAAAGGACAACGGUUUCUAUUCUACUCGGUGGUGUUGCCGUUAUCAUUUUAUUUGGUGUGGUUUGUGCGUUUGUAACUAACGAACACAUGAAAGAAGGAAUAGAACAACUUCCUGAAAAAGUAUCGACGAAUUUAGUCGAUACGAAAUUAUAUUUGGAUAACACGAAAAAAGAAGUUAAUCAUUUAUUGGUAAUAAAUUAUCAAGAAUUGAAAAAUCAUUUGGGUCAUAGAAUUGACGAUGCUGGGGAAAUAGUGAAAAAUCAAUUAGCCGUUGUUUCCCAUGCUGUCGCUUUGAGCAAUUUAACGAAUCUCGUUUCCGGAAUGGAAAUAAUAAAAAACGAUUUAGCAUCGAUACAAAAAUCUACGGAAAAACUUCAAGAGUUGGCAUUGACUCUCGGUGAUUAUUUGGACGUAACGAGAGACGAAUUAUUACAAGAAUUAUACAAUUGUAAAGAUAUAGCAGCUUGUAGAGAAUUACUAAAUCAUCAUCAAGUCGCAGAAUUAAAAGUUGUAGAAAAUUUCAAUGGCCUUCCGGAUGUUGCGAAUACAUUCGUUACAAUUUCACGAUUGUUAGGAGAUCACGAAUCCUUUGAUUCGAUACAGAAAAGAGUUUUAGAAGGACAAAAAAAUUUUAACAAUAUUAAAUACGAAAUAUCCGAAUCUUUAAAAGAUGUUAAACCCGAUUUUAUAAGAGGUUUUGAAACGACUGAAACUAAACUAAACGAAAUAAAUAUAAAAAUUCAAAAUUCUCUUGAUAAUAUGAAAUCAUUAGUCGAAGAUUUCAAUAAAGGUCCCGUUGCUCAAGCCAAACAAUACAUCGACGAAUAUGCCAUAUACAGAUAUUAUUUAGGAUUGGGAGUAAGCGGUGUUCUUUUAUUAAUAUUACUUUGUUUGACAUUUGGUUUGUUGUGUGGAAUAUGUGGUAAAAGACCAGAAGAAAUGUACAGCGACGAUGGAGAUUGUUGCAACACAGUUUCCGGAGCUCGUUUUCUUAUGCUUGCCGUUUGGUUAAUAUUUUUAUUUUCAUCCGUUUUGAUGGUUAUAACGUUGGCACAUUUUCUCCUGGGAAUGGCAACCGAAAUAGCCGUCUGUCAACCAUUGAAAUCUCCGACGGACAAUAAAGUUUUCGGUUUGGUCGAUGAAUUUGUCAAUUUGGAAAGUUUAAACGAAGGACAGAGAGGAGAUUUAAAACUCAGCGAAUUGAAAAAUGUCGUUAACAUCGAAGAAGUUUUAGAACAUUUAGACGAAUAUCAAAUCCAACAAAAAGUCAAUCAGUUUAAAAGCAAAAUAAAAGUAAGAACUGAUAAAUUGGAAUUAUUAACGCCGGAUGCGAAAGCUAAAUUAAAAGCAUUAGCUGAUUCUUCAUUAAAUGACAUUAAUUUUGAUAAAUACACACAAUUGUUAAGUUACGAACUUCGUACAAAUGCGGAAAAAAUACCAGAUCAUGCGAGCAGCGGCUUCGAUUUAACAAAAAUAAAAAAAUUACUCCGAGCCAAAGCUCAAUUUUUAGAUUUGUUACAAAGGGAUUCGGUUGCUCAAAUUAGAAACGAAAUACUAAACCUUAAAUCCAAUGUUUCGACGUUGAAAGAACAUUUAAAAUUUAAUCACACGAGUUUACGGGAUGCUCUCGAUAAUUUACUCUACGAGGUUGAUCGGGCACAAUUGUACCUAAUGAAAAAUGGCACGACUGAAUUGAAAUCGCUUUUAGAUGAGUUUGUGCAUCAAACGCAAGAAAAAAUGAGAGACUAUUUAAAGAGAGUCGUAAACAAAACGGAAAAUUCAAUCGGAAAAAGUGGUCCCGUGAGCAAUGCCGAAUAUCUUUACGACGCCUAUGCUGACAGGGAUAACAUGCCCCUCGCAAUGACUCAAAUUGAUAAGAAAAAGAAAAAAAAUCAUCACAACAAGAAUUAUCAGGAUAAUUUUGAAAGCGGGAGUAAUGCACCGUAUUUGCAAGACUACAGCGCACAUUUAGGUCGAUCCGACAGGAGUUCAUCGGCAAACAAUGAGGCUAGAUAUAAUGACAUGGCUCCAAAACAUUGGAACGACUAUUCCAAUUCACGUGGAGGUUCAAACGGUCCCCCAAGGUAUCAUCAUCCAUCAUCAACAGAAUAUGAAAGACCACCGCCAUAUUAUUAUCCAGGACCGUAA